AAGCUGUAUACAUCUGAAGAAGAAUUUGAGGACGUGUUUUGUACGCAGAAGGCGAUUAAAUACUUUAACUUGCUGAAAAUGAAUUUAAGUGUCAACCUCGUCGGCAGGGCUUUUCUAGGCCUAUGAUGUUCUGACGAGACGGUUCAUAGACGUAGAAGAAGCCUGAGGACGAGUUUGAGUGAGUUGCUGAUUAUGUGAAGCGAGACCAACCACUGUACUAGGUUCUUACUGUGAUGUUGUGUAUUUUAUCAACAUUUUCAAUUAGUAAUCCACAUGAAUGUUUAUUUAAAACUACUCUUUUGUUAGUUUUACUUUCUCCGAAAAAUAAAAUCAGCGUUCUAAGAACGAAACGAUUAACCACAGUUCAAACUACCUUUGUUGCAUUUCGCUCUCCUUCAGUGUGCUGGAUUAUUUUAUGGAAGAGCAAGGAAUAGUAAUUAAAAAAAAUGAUGGAGAUAAUAAUGGAGCUACAUUUAUAGCGUUAUAAAUUAUUUCUCAAUAUAAAUAAACUCGCUCCAAGCACUCACUUCCUUAAAAUGAUAAAAUCCCUUUUGCUUUAUUUAGAAUGCUCUUCAAAAAUGGGGACAAGGUUGGACGAAAUCAGAGAUAUAACUUUCAAGCAAAACAAUUUUCGUGAUAUCAAAAAUUAGAAAUCAGUUUUUGAGCCAGACACUUCCAUCAGCCUAGUAACGAGGUUGUAGAUCUAUUUUAGGUCGUUAAUGGCAACACGUCAUAUUUAUAAUGUCAACAACAAAACUGUCUUGUUGUGUUCUUAGAACUUUUUAAGUUUGUUUUUAAAAAUUCCAGUGUUGUUUUUUUUCAACCAAGGCUACAGAAGAAAAAAAUGGUUUAAUCAAUUUAAACAUAUUUAUUUUUAGUGGACUUGGAGACAUCCUGUAUCGUUUAACAUUCAACAUGGAGGUGGCGAAAUGUUUGGUAGAUCCUACGAACAGCACUGUUAGAAACAUGACUGAUAAUUCAACAUUAUGUAACAUCUCGCCAGAUGUUAACUUUGAGGCGACUUUACUCUUCGCUCUAUUGUAUAUUCUUUCUUACACCCUGCUGACUGCGGUUCUGAUUUUAUAUGCGUACGGAGAUAAAAAAGAUCUUGGAGUGCAUUGCAACAUGGGAUUGAUAUUUUUCGCGUUUCUGGUAUCGACAAUAGCGGAAUUAUCCUUUCAAGAAUCUGAAAAAUUAACGUACUCGAUCUCAACAACUAUCGUUGUGUUUGUAUUUGGAAUUGGUGUUACAUUUGUCGCCAGCUUUUACUUUUUUGAUAUAAGGCGCAGUGCAGGAGAUCUGAGAGUGUUGGGUCAUGGUCAUGAAAAUAUUGCAGACUUUUUAUGGACCAUAACCAAAAUUGUUGUUUUGCUUGAACUUUUUCUACUCAUUGGUUCACUUGUAAAAUAUGAUUAUCUCGCAGCGAUAUUCGUUUUUUCAGGUUUUUUUCAAAAAAUUUGCCAAGCAUGGUUGUAUAAGUAUAGUUUGCAAUACAAAAUUCCCGCCAAAAAUAAAUUUUGUGGUGCAUCUUGGUAUUUGAAGAUCGUUGCUUUAUUUAAUUUUUCGAUGUGGCUUGACUCAAUAAUGACCGCUGACUUACAAGGAGACCAUUUCAUAAAAAGUAUCCUAAGUGACAGUUACAGCAUUUUUUCGUCAGGGUAUGCCGCAUUGUUGAUAGACUAUCGACUUUUAUGCUGCAUUCUCUUCGUUGAGCAUGCCAUAAAAAUAGACGGUUACAUCAGUGAAAAACAAAACAACGAAGCAACUGCCUGUCGUCCAUUUACUCCUGCAGAUGAACUCGACCAUGAUACCGUGGAAGCAUCUGAAGAGUUUAAGCAUGACACAUCUUUGCUAGCUGGAGGAGGUUUCCUGUGUGGUAUGGUGCUCCUUAGUCUUCAAAUCAUAAACGGUCUCCAAUACAAAUACUUAGGGCCAUGGACAAACAUUUUUGGUAUUAUUGCAGAUUUUACAACAAUGGUUUGUGGCUUCUUUAUCAUUCGAAAGGUGAAAAGUGCAAAGAUUGGAAAAGACACUCUAUUUUCAGUUGGUAUUGAUAUCUUAAUGGCUUCAAUGGGAAUAUGCGGAGUCCUCUUCUGGUGUCUCAAGGGCACACUUGCAUCAACAUGGGCUGCACGUUCACGAAGAAUCCCUCAUAACACAGCACAAUAUGACUAUCUGUGUUGGAAUGCUAUCAAAUUUUGGUGCAAGCCCUUCUCAAUCGUGUAUCAAAUCUAUGUUUUCGUGAAGCUCGAUUUUUACUCUGCUUGCUCAGACAGUAUGAAACGAAGGAAAAUAAAUCAUUUUUUAUUCCCUCUACUUAUGUUGGGAUUUCUCUCAGUAUUUUUGAACGCAAUCAUCGAUGCUUAUACCGGGAUUAUCGAGACGCUUGCUAAAAACUCAAAAAUGAAUAUUUUAUAUUUGACUGUGUAUCAAUGUGGAUCACCCCUUCACUUGGGAUUUUGUUUACAUCUUUUUCUUCACUUUUACACGAUCAAUGGAAAAUUGACAAGAAGUAGAAAGGCAGGGACAACGUCUCCAAGACCACCACCACCACCAACAACAACAAAACCAACAAUAUGUAAAUCGUUGUUACAGCACUUAAAUACAACAGGUGGACAGAACCAGGCGUGCAGCAAAGAUCUGGAUGAAAAGUUGCAACCAUUACUUGACGGUCAACAUAUCGCUUAACAGAUUAGUUUAAGACUUUUAAAUUCACAUGCACGUCUUUUUUACAAAAGCAGCACAAAAUUUUGCUCGAUGUUGCUAAAGUGACUGUAUUUCACAAGCUGCUAAUUUUUUCUUUCUGGUUAUUUACUUGGAAAGAUCACAUUUGCUUAUUCGCUUGCUCGCGUGUGGUGCAACAAACAAAAUCAAACUUUCGCUGUAACGUUUUUUUACGUAUAAAACUUACAUGAUUUUGAGCACUAGAAAAGUCUCGAAAACUAUCGCUGGUUUAUCAACACCACUGUUUCUCCUUUUUCUUUAUUCGCUCGCUUUAUGCUGUCGGCUGCUUUGACUUUGCUUUGUUGUUUUAAAGGAUGUAAACUUCAUGUUGCUUCAUGUUGUGUGUAAAGCGCUUAGUCAGAUGCCGUAAUAACACUAUUUUAAUUUUUCUUAACAUCCGUGAUCAGUCUUAAAUAAGUUUAUCUUUAUUCUGAUAUUGGGUUGAUUGACAACCAGUUCAUUUGUUUUCUUUAAAACGUUAACAAUAUCAGCUGCUUUAAAUAA